CGUCCCACGGACUCUCACCCCCGCAAAAGACACCUCCAAACUGAAAGAGAAGGGGUUGAUGUAAACAUAAUAGUCCUGAUUUGCUUCUGUCCCCUCCUUGUCAACCUCUCCAGUUCCUACACUCUUUUGAACGUCGGCCAUCAUGAUCUUCUUGUCUCUCUUUCUUGUCAUCUUGCUUAAUGCACUGCUCAGCGAUGCUGUUCCUUUAGUUCCUGAGAAGAGAGCUAUCGACACCAUGCUCCUCCAAACAUUCAGACUAAUGUCACAAUACGCUUCCGCAGCCUACUGCACCAACAACUUCAACUCCCCCGGCACCCAGAUCCAAUGCGGCUCAGGAAACUGCCCGCUUGUUGAAGCAGCCGACUCCGCAACCGUGCUCGAAUACAGCAAAACCGAGACGCUCACAGACGUAACCGGCUUCGUCGCCAUCGACCACACUAACAAUGUAAUUAUGGUCUCCUUCCGCGGCUCCCAAUCCAUCGACAACUGGCUCACAAACCUCGACUUCGGCCUGACCGCCACCGACAUCUGCUCCGGCUGCACCGCACACUCGGGCUUCUACCAAUCCUGGCUCGACGCGCGGGACACCGUGACCCCCGCGGUCCAAGCCGCCGUCAAAAAGUACCCAGCCUACAAAGUGAGCGUAACGGGGCACUCGCUCGGCGGCGCCAUCGCGCCCUUCGCCGCCGCCCAGCUACGAAACAAAGGCCUCGCAGUCGCCUUGUACACCUUCGGCAGUCCCCGCGUCGGCGGCUCGGCGCUCAGCAGCUAUAUCAGCAACCAAAAGGGUGGGAAUUACCGUGUCACGCACUGGAAUGAUCCUGUGCCGAGGGUGCCGCUGCUGGUUAUGGGCUAUGUGCACACCAGCCCGGAGUACUAUAUUAAUAAGAAAAAUAAGGCGGCGAUCACGGAGAGCGAUUUCCAGGUCAUCGAAGGCAGUGUGAAUCUUUUCAAGGGGAAUGCGGCGUGGUUGCUUACGGAUAUUGAGGCGCAUCGGUGGUAUUUCACGCAGAUGUACACGUGCGCGGAUUCGAAGCAGAAGAGGGAGGUCGAGGCGCUUGAGGGGCUGGAUAUUGUUGCGAGGUUCUAAGAUGCUCUUGGAGUGUAUUUGUCACGGCUCAUGUGCAUGUAAUCAGUAUAGAGGUAUAAAUGCCAGCUAUGAGCAGGACUCAUCUUCGC